AUGCAAUCCUCCCCAAAUAUUCAGAGAUGGGGGCCUUGGACUACAGCUAGUUCUCCGAUCUUCUCGCCGAGGACAAACCAGCAACGUGAACUGAUGGCUGUUCUGAGUAGGGACGCUGGGUCAACCUCAAAUUCUCCCGCCGGUCAACAGAAUCCAUCGCCGGAGAACAAUGGUCGCGGCGCGUGUCUCAACACUGCUCAGCUGGGCCCACAAGCUGUGAUGGCACAUCAAUCCCCUCAGUCAAGCUCUGCUCAAAACUUCCCGUUGGCAACGGGUAUACUAUCCAACCCCAACUUUUUCUCACCAUCCCCCAUAAGCCUCUCACCUCUUUUCCAGAACCAAGACUUGGCAGCCUCUCCCCCACAAGGAAUCAACAUAGCUAGAAAUCUGUUUGGAGGGUUUUCAGCCGCCACUUUCCCAAACCCUAUCAACACCAACCCCAAUAUCCCUUCCCCACCUAUAUACUUCGACCAAAGCCCAAACUAUUUCCCAUUCCAGGCCCAUGCCAACUAUAUUGUUAGCCAAAAUUAUUUCCAAACGGGCCCAAGUCCAAAUCAAGUUCUGAGUAAGAACCCAACUCACGGACAGUCCUCAAGGCAGCGAAAUAGAAGCCCGAACAUACAGAAAAAGAAGAGGAAAGCCAACCACCAACGUGAAGAAGAAACUGAAGGACAGGGGAAGAGUCUCUCUGGCUUUGCUGAAGCCAAAACAGGGUAG